AUGAUUGUGUUACUGCUAAUUGCUAGCGUAGCCACAAUAACUGCCGCUACAAAUGAAGAGGCAACUUCACAUACUCAUAUCAACCCGGAAUAUCUGAAACCUCGUGAAGAAUACUACAAACCUAUUCCUUAUCAUCCCAGAGGAGAACAUGAAACUGGAAGAUACCACAACAACUACUUUGGACACUAUGCUGGCGAUUACAACGGUCAUUACGGGAACAACAUAGGACAUCCGUACAGCCCCUAUUUAGAACGUAAAAUUAAUACUGAACAAAUCUAUGGAAAUCAUAUUCCCGUGCAAAAGGAGCAUUAUUUUAUUCCCAAUGACCCAUCACAUUAUAUACAUAAUCAUAAAUAUGGAUACAUCCCGGCAAAAGCGGCAUAUCACAACGUCAGUCCUUACCUAGAACGCAAGGUAUUUAUUUUUAGUGUUUUGGCUCUAAGUGUUUCUAGUGAAAAAGUUAUCGAAACAUUUGAAAAUGGAGCAACUGACCUCCUUAAACAAGGGUCUGAUUAUUUACAUACGCCACAGCGUAUAUACUUUAAGGGUGAUUCAUUGAACGAUGGCCACGAGUACAAUGUUUUAAACCACAAUCCUAUUAUUCCUUUGGGGCAACAAAAUAUUGGUCGUGUGGCGAAAUAUGACAGCUAUGCUCAUCAUAGCAAUAGUCGUAGCUAUGAAAAUUUAGGCCCGAACAAAAAUGAGUACAUACCUUAUCGGCAUCAUGAUGUUCCAUUGGCUCAUACGCAAAUUAUCAGUGAUAACAUACACGGCCUUGAAGUGACAAACAAAAUACCAUCUAUGAAACUUGAUCAACCGUACUAUAGAACCCCACCGAAAUCUUCCAUCCAUGACUAUAAUCAUGUUCUAAACGGUGACGAACGUCCAAAAACCUACGAGGAACUGGCACUGAAGAACUUGUGUGUAGAUUGUAGCCACUAUCGUGCCAAUGAGUAUUCUCAAAAUCCAACUCAUUACCAACAUGAAAAAUCAGCCUUAAACGAGCAAUUGACUAAAGAUAUUUACAAUCCUUAUUUAGUACAUAAUUCUGAAAAUUACCACGGAUACUCUCACGAAUCGUACACAGAUGCAGAGUCAGAAAGACAGCGACUUUUAGAUAAAAUUAACUACAUUUAUCACCAUGGUAAAGACAUGCAAUAUACCAAGCCAUCACAAAACAAUACAAAUCCAAGAGAGCCACUUUAUAAAAGUGACCCUCAUUACUUUAAUUAUAAGCCAUAUUACAGUGAUAAUAACUACGAGUAUAAAGUUAAAGCUAAUGGUUUAUUUCCAUAUGGACCAAAACAUGUGGAUUAUUACCCUGUAAGAGUAAAUAAUUAUUAUCCAUCACAUAAUUACAAUGACAAACCUGAACCCAAACAUGAAAACUACUAUGGUCAUAAGAAUGAUGCAUCUGAUAGAUACACACCCAAUGUUUAUUCUGAAGCAUUAGUUUAUCCACGUAGCAAAUAUGAAUACGAAACCGUUAACACUACAAAUAAUGAUACUAACAUCAAUCAAAAAAUUUACUAUAACCCUUAUUUUGACUUUGCACCUAAUGCUAAAACAGUUAAUCGCGACGACAACUCAUAUUCUACGGAUCUGACAGCUAAAGUUUUGAAAAAUUUACUUUAUUCUAAAAACAAAUAUCCCAGCUCAUAUUCUACUGCACACUCGAAUGAAUUCUAUAAUUCAGAACCCAAACACUUUUACAACAACUACGCGCAUGAAAACAAUGCUCCUCAUAAUUACAGACAUUUUAAUAAUGAAGUUAAAGAUAUCAUUAGUAUACAAUAUCCGAAGAACAAUCAUAACCAAUAUAAUGUACACUCAAACAGUUUAUAUCAUAAUGGACACAAAAAUGCUUACCACGGUGCCAAUGGCAAUUAUGUACCCAAUAGACACUUUAAAGAUAUAGUUGAAGAAGUGAACAGAAUUUUGUAUUCACGUAAGAAACAUGUCCCCUACGUAAAUGCUUAUUAUAAAGACAACCACGAACACAUAACGGAUGAACAUGAAUUGGGUCCAAAGAAACAACAAGAGCCGUAUGUAAACGAUUACGCCGGUGAACAUCUCAUCGAUCCAAAAAACAUUAACAACGCCUACGGGCAACUCGAUAUGCAUCAACACUACAAACAUUUUAAGGAUGUCGUUGAAGAGGCUAAAAAACUACUAGAACCUAAAAACAAACAUGACGCUUAUGCAAACGUUCACAGUACAGACGCUAUCAAUCACAAUACAUUGACCCCCCCAAGGAAUUAUAAUCAUCAUGAAAACUUAGCAUUCUAA